CCCUCUUAAACCUGAAACGACUAGGUCCUCAGGUCCUCAAAAAGUGCGCUGGUGUUAACACGAAGGUCAACACUUAAACGUUGAAGUACCCCAGCAAUAUCAGACCAUCGCGGUGCAAGACGACUAGAAAGACGCGAACAUUUCGCCAUCCGUUACUUAAACUCCCUCUACUGGAAAAACAGGAGAACGACCGAAUUAAUAAGAAGAGAGAGAGGCGCGUGCGUUUUUGAGAGAGCGACAGCGAGCGAGAGAGAGAGAGAGAGAGAGCGACUGUAUUGGAAAACUGUAGCUGGCUGUGGCUCCACGCCCUAUACAAUCAACACUGUUCGGAAAUGCGUGAUUGGACAGGCUGAAGAAGAUGAGCACAGCAUAACCCCUCCCCCCUCUGCAGCGAUUGGACGGCUUGAAGAUGAUGUCGCGCUCGGGGGCCUCCUACGACCAGCUGGCCCAGCAGGUGGAGGACCUGCGGAAGGAGAACAGCUACCUGCGCAGGGAGCUGGAGGAUAACUCCUCUCACCUGUCCAAGCUGGAGAACGAGACCUCCCACAUGAAGGAGGGCCUGAAGCAGCUGCAGACAAAGCUGGAGCAGGAGGCGCGUUCUCUGGCCUCCACUGAGAGGUCAGACACACUGGACCAGCUCAGAGAGCUGCACAUGGAUUUGACCCAUUAUUACGAGCUGAAGUACCAACCCCACAACCUACGGGCCGGCCCAGAGGCCCCGCCCCCUCGCCCCAUCCCCCACGGGGGUCCUUCUCUCUCAGGGGAGGGCGUGGCAAUGCACCCUGGGGCGCCCCACCUCCUGGACGACAUGCUCCUCAAAGAGGAACCCCUGGGAGAGACCCAGGUUACCACCCAGCACCUGGAGGAGCUCCUGAAGGAGAGGGCCUUGCUGCUGAAGGAGAUCGAGAGAGAGGAGAAAGAGCGGUGCUGGUACUACACCCAGCUGCAGGCGUUGUCACGGCGACUGGCUGAGCUGCCUCGCAUCGACACAUUCUCAGCACAGAUAGAUCUGAUUGGGCAGCAGCUGGAGUUUGAGGUGCAGCAGGUGCGCUCGGCAAUGGAGGAGCGCUUUGGAACCAGCGAUGAGAUGGUGCAGAGAACCCAGAUCCGAGUGGCGCGAUUGGAACAGCUGGAGAAAAAACUGCAGGAGGUGCACGACCCCCCCUCAGAGAGCCAGACUAACUCCUAUGGAAAGACUGAGGCUGAAAGCAUGUCUCUUAGUUCUGGAGCAGAAGCAGCUGGAGAGUCAGGAAGCAAAGUGGAGAUGGUGUUCUGGCUGCUGUCCAUGCUGGCCAAUCGGGACCGGGAAGAGAUGUCCCGCACUUUUCUGGCCAUGUCCAGCUCCCAGGAGAGCUGCCUGGCCAUGCGCAAGUCCGGCUGCGUGCCCCUGCUGGUGCAGAUCCUGCAUGACGGGCCGGGCGUGGCCGGGGGCGGGGCCGGGGGCGGGGCCGGGGGCGGGGCCAGCAGCCGGGAGGCACGGUCCCGGGCGGGCGCCGCCCUGCACAACGUGGUGUACUCGCAGCCGGACGAGGGCCAGGCCCGGCGGGAGAUGAGGGUGCUCCACGUGCUGGAGCAGAUCCGCACCCACUGCGAAACCGGGUGGGACUGGAUCCAGACCCACCUGGGAACGACUUCACCUGGGAGCGCAAAAACCACAGGUAAAGCAGGGGAGGGGGGGUAA